UGAAGGACACAGGCUGUGGAAUUUGUGGCUUUGGCUAGAUUAAAAUCAUGGCAGGUCCAGAAAGUGAUGCUCAAUUCCAGUUCACUGGUAUUAAAAAAUACUUCAACUCCUAUACACUCACAGGUAGAAUGAAUUGUGUACUGGCCACAUACGGGAGCAUUGCUUUGCUUGUUCUAUACUUCAAGUUAAAGUCUAAAAAUACUCCAGCUGUGAAAGCAACAUAAAUGGAAUUCUAAACUGUCUGUACCUUCUCUGCUAAUUUGUCUUACCUGGAAUAGCUAAUGUCAACUCAUCAAAUGAUGCUUAAUUUGUACAAUAAAUUAUUAACCUGG